AUUUGAAAGGGCUAAGAAAUGGUGGGGGGAGGCGGGGUUGGUUACACCAAGCUCUGGCUGUGAAAAAACGGGGGAUGCUCGGCUUACUUGCCCCCACACUAGCAGCGGACAGCUCUGUUUCUGGCUGCUCCCAAGGAAGCCGCAGUUCCUUGCCGUCCUUCCCCUUGAGAAAAGACACAUUCCGCUGGAAGAAAGUGAAGAAUCGACACUUCCUGCUUGACGACACACAGAAAAUUCUGCAGGAACUCAGCACACCAGGCAAGAUCCAUGGAAAAAAAUACAGUCGACGUUUCGGGCCGAGACCCUUCGUGCUUGGUGUCGGUCUGUGCCCCUUGUGGAGCGCCGCGAUUCGGCCUAACUACCAUGUACUUUCUCUCUCCAAAACCGCCACCGCGUCCACCGCGCUUCUCCUGAAACCACGUCCAAAGUGCCGUAGUACCUCUGCCGGUCAGGAAGCACCUGUGGAGUUCAGUAGCCUCAGAGUUGUCCUCGACUGCAGUUCGAUUUGAUAAGGUUCCUCGACAUAAUUCAGAUCCCCUCGGCAGAUACUGCCUGUGACACUGCGUUUUCAGCAGCCUUCCCCGCUUUUAGCUUUUCACCAGCGAUGUGCAACGUCUCAGCACACCGAUCUCUAAGGAGGGGAGAUCUCAUUCCCCCCCUCUGAAACCAACACGAUUCACUACAGAGUUAAUGAGGCGCUGCCCUCUCGCUCCGGAACUCUCAAGCAAGAAUCAGAAUCAGGUUUAAUGUCACCGCCACAUGUCGUGAAAUUUGCAGCAAUACGAUGAAAUACAUAAUAAAUAUAGAGAAAAGCCGAAUUACAGGAGAAAAUGGCUGAUGGGAACAGGCACCGCUUAAUGAAAAUAGCUGAAAAUCUGGGUGAAGAGGAGGUGAGAGACCUGAGGUUCUUGUGCUCUGAUCAUAUUCCAGCAGGCAAAGUUGUUAAGAAUGCCCUAGAAUUAUUUGAGGCACUGGAGCAACAAAACCUGGACAACAUUAUACCUGAACUCCUGUUUCGAAGUCAGCAAUUUAAGCUACUCUCCUCUCUAAAUAUGCAGAAGGCUGAAGUGGAGGAGAAAAUAAAACAACCUGGAAAUUGUAAAAUCCAACCUUACAGAGUGCUGCUGUAUAACAUUUCCAAGCAGAUCGAUGAUAAAGAGCUUAAGGGGAUCAUUUAUCUAUUGAAUAUACCCAAGGGAAAGUGCCAGAACAUCAAGAAUUUUAUGGAUAUUUGCGCUGAACUGGAAAAAAAAGAAAACAUUUCACCGGAUAACCUAACGUGUUUGCUGGAAGCCCUGGUGGGAAUUAAAAGAAAAGACCUGGUAAAGCAAGUGAAAAAUUACCAGAAUGAGGCAAGAGAUGCACUUCCAGUUCAAGAAAGCGGGAAGCAAGGAUUGCAAAGCUCCGUCCAUCAGUUGGACCAAGACAUGAGAGGUCCUUGUCUGGUUGAUGCUAAGUCAGUUCCUACAGGAAUCAUCAAUCACCAAGAAUGUCAGCAAGUCUCAUCCAAUGUGGGUGACCCAACAGCAGAAAGUACGAACUUCCAGGGAACAGAAUGUUCUUCUGCAGAGCAAGAAUCCAAUAGCAUUGAAAAUCUGGUGCAAGGUACAAGAGCAUUAAGUAUGGAACCUUCACAAGAAACCUCAACGUCCUUCUCACUGGAAAAUGUGCCUGGCUCUCUUCCUUGUUCUUCUUCAAACAGCACGGUAGGUGAACAAAACCUGAAGGAAGGUGAGACCGAGUCUAUUGAAAAAUAUAAAAUGGACAGUUCACCACUUGGAUUUUGUUUAAUAUUAAACAAUAAAAAUUUUGAUGGGACAAACUACGAGGAAAGAAAAGGAACAGAUUCUGAUGCAGAGAAACUGGAAGAAGUAUUUAAAUGGUUGGGGUUUGCUGUGCACAGGUUCAAUAACCUGACUGUGGAUGAAAUGCUGGAAAGAUUGGAAGAAUUUAGAAAAUACAAUCAUGACAAAAUGGAUUCUUUUGUGUGUUGCAUCCUCUCACAUGGUGAGAAGGAUGUAGUUGUGGGAACUGAUGGAAAACAUCUUCAGAUCACCAACAUGAGACACUUAUUUUCAGGCUCUCAGUGCCCCUCACUACUGGAAAAACCCAAGAUCUUCAUCAUUCAAGCUUGUCAAGGCAAAAAAAAACAAAAACCUUGCUUCAUCAUCAGCAGCACCUCUGACCUAGAAACAGAUGCAUUUCCACAAUCAAUCCCUGAGGACCGGGAUUUUUUGAUUGCAAUGUCUACAGUUCCUAAUUGUUUUUCAUAUAGGACGCCUAAAGGGAGCUGGUUCAUUCAAACUCUGUGUGAAUGUUUAGAAGAAUAUUGUGUCAAAAAGCUUGACCUGCUUUCAAUUCUGACUGAAGUAAAUCGAAGAGUGAGCGAGAUACAUCCAAAUAUCAAGCAAAUCCCAGAGCCACGAUUCACCCUAUCCAAGAAGCUUGUAAUUUUGCCCCCAUAUCGCAGGAAAAACAGCUGAUUCAACUUGUCUCAUAAAAAUAUUUAAUUAAGGAAUUAAACAAUUUAAAAAUUGUAGAUGAAGAAAGGGUUGUUGAAGAAUUGUGCUAUGCAAAGAAUAAACAGUUAACUUAAUGUAUCUGUUCAAAAUCGAUGGCUAUGGGCAAGUGAGAGUUAAUUCAUAACAGUAUGAUUUUUACAAAAGACUGGAGUUUAUGAACAAAUUUUAAUCAACUAUGAUGUGCCUUUAAUUCUAUCUGUGGGCAUUAAAUUUGAGAAAAUAUUUGCAGCCAGAUGAUAUUCCCUAUAAAAUUAGGAGUGACUACAGACAUAAUUUUGACCUUCUCAGGAAAGUCCAAUACCACUAUCCAAUACUACCAUUUAUAUGUUCAUGACAAAACUUGUAGUUUUGAGAAAUGCAAUCAGAAUAGCCUCAGUGGUGAUUUAGUGACAUUGAAGUUACACUAUGCCAGAGAUGGAGGGAAUGAAUGUGGAUGGGGUGCAAAUGAAAGGGGCUGUUUUGUCCCAGAUCCUGUCAAAGUUCUUGAAAGAUGGUUGGAGUUGCACUCAUCCAGAUAAGUGGAGAAUAUUUCAUCACACUCCUUACUUGUAGAUGCACAAGAAGAACGUGGUAACCUGCCACAAUGACUAUCAUCCAGUAGCACUUAAUCCAAUGUGAAACACUUUGAGUUGUUGGUCAUGAAGCAAAUCAACUGCUUCCUGAGGAGUGACCUGGAUCGGCUGCUUCACAACAGGUCAACAACAGAUGCAGUUUCAUUGGCUCUUCACUCAACCCUGGAACUUCUGGACAAUGAAGAUGGAUCUCUUCAUUGACUGCAUCUCAGCAUUCAACACCAACAUCCCCUCGAAACUUAUCACUAAGCACCAGGUCCUGGGUUUCAGUAUCUUCCUAUGCAAUUGGAUCCUCAAACUGCUCACUUGCAAAUCCUAGUCAGUUCAGAUUGGCAACAACAUCUCCUCCACAAUCUGCAUCAGCAUAGCUGCACCACAAAGCUAUGGGCUUAGCCCCCUGCUCUUCUUGGUUGUUUCUUAGUCUUUGUUUAUCUGUAGUUGUUCAUUUAUUCUAUUGAAUUUCUCUGUUCGACUGUGAAUGCCUGUAAGAAAAUAAAUCUCAAGAGAGUUCUUCUUAUCAUA